UCAGAAACUCGUCAUGUAGUUCAUCUACCUCUAAUAGUUAAUUAUUUUGAAGAUGCUGGUUGAUUGAAUGUCACUUUUGAUGACAGGGCAUGUCUCUUUCAUUGUCCUUGUACUCCUUGGAGGAUCCGAUGCCAAUCCAGUUGCCCCUCACCAGAGUCAGCUGGAUGUAAACCACAAGAAGCCACUACAGACAUUCAGACCUUACAACAUUGCCCACAGGGGUUCCAAUGGCGAAAUACCCGAAGAGACCGCAGCAGCUUAUUCGAGGGCGAUUGAGGAAGGUGCAGACUUCAUCGAGACUGAUAUACUUGCGUCAAAGGACGGGCAUCUCAUAUGCUUUCAUGAUGUAACCCUCGAUACAACGACUGACAUCGCUGACCGUGCGGAGUUUGCUGGCAGGAGGAGAACCUAUGAAGUCGAGAGAGCAAAUGUAACUGGAUGGUUUGUUGUGGAUUUUACUCUAAGUGAACUGAAAUCUCUGAGGGUGAAGCAACGCUACAUAUUCAGGGAUCAGCAGUACAAUUGGAAGUACAAGAUCAUUAGAUUUGAUGAGUUCAUCAUGAUUGCACUAUAUGCUGACAGGGUUGUUGGGAUAUACCCAGAGAUGAAGAAUCCUAUUUUCAUUAACGAGCAUGUGAAGUGGUCAGGUGGCAAAAAGUUUGAGGAUAAGUUUGUGGAGACACUUAUGAAGUAUGGCUACAAAGGCGAAUACAUGUCUGAAGAUUGGCUCAAGCAGCCACUAUUCAUCCAAUGUUAUGCUCCAACUUCACUCAUUUACAUCUCAAACAUGACAAAGUCCCCAAAACUGCUUCUCAUCGAUGACACCACGGUUCGGACUCAAGAUACCAACCAGUCCUACUAUGAUAUUACUUCGGAUGAUUAUCUCAAAUUCAUAAGGAAGUAUGUAACUGGGAUUGGGCCAUGGAAGGAUACAGUUGUUCCCCCAGAAAAUAACUAUUUAGGGCGACCGACUGAUCUUGUGGCACGAGCGCAUGCUCUGAAUCUUCAGGUCCAUCCAUACACAUUCAGAAACGAGAACUCAUUCUUGCACUUCAACUUCCACCAAGACCCUUAUGCUGAAUAUGAGUACUGGCUCAGCAAGAUCGGUGUUGACGGUCUGUUCACCGAUUUCACCGGCAGCUUACACAAGUACCAGGAUUGGACAGCUCCACACCAAAUGAAGGCAAAGAAUGCAGAGGCACUCCUGUAUCAGAUCUCCUACAUGCUGAAGGACGAUGGAUACUAAGCUUUGGUUGGCAAGUCUGUAUACAAACCCCGUUAUGAGAUUGGUUUCGUUGUAUCGAUCACUGAGAAAAAGGACUGGUACUGUCACUCUCUGUAAUUGUUACCUUUAUAUCAUCACAGGAAUGCUCACUACGGGAGAAACGCCGUGUGCCGACGGCCAGGCCAUGUGCCGACGGCCAAAUGUCGGGGCCGUCGGCACAGAAGCGUUCGUCGACCGGCGACGGAGCUGCCCGUCGGCGCACAGUCACCGUCGGCACACCGCGUGCGACACCGACGGUCACCGUCGGCGCCAAAUGGACCGUCGGCACAGGAAGCUAGUGCCCGAAGGUCACCGUCGGCACUGUGACGUCGUCGGUACAUGCGCUGACACGGUGGGCCCAGCCGUUAACUGUCACGGAGCCGUCUGAACUGUGCCGACGGUAGCCCUCGGCGCAACGGUGGCCGUCGGCACAUAGACUGACAGGUGGGUCUUUCUAAUGUUGUGCCGACGGUGACCCUCGGCGCAACGCUGGCC